AUUCAGACACGUUAGUUUUCAAAACCCUAGCCUCUCCAUCCAUAUUCUCCUCUGGAUCAAUCAUCGCCUCCAUCACAACAAAAUAGAACAAAUGUCGAUCAACAACUCCAGCGUUGAAUACACAUAUUUGCUAUUGUUUGUGCAAAUCUUCUUUUUUGUUCAUCCCUACUGAUUAUUGUUUUGUUAUUGCGUCGAUUUCGAUUUGUUAAAUCCUUCAUUUACAACGAUCGCCAGUACCACAAUCUUGUAUCUCAUCACGAUCACGGUAAGUUUCUAAUUUCAUUGAUUGAUUUCUGUUAGCCCAACCUAUUUUUUACACGCAGAUCUGAAUAUCAUUUGAAAGGAGGCUGCCGAUAAGAUUCGUCAAUGAAUCCCUCGCACUCUCACCCUUUCUUGCAAUAGAUCUGGUACAAUUGUUUUUAUAUGAAACAAGGCUAGGGUUUACACUGAAUCGAUUUUUAUCCAUUUGUUUCCACUUUUCUUCAAUCAUUUGGUUACUAGAGUUUACAUGUCGAACAACUGUGGUAACGCCAUUUUUUUGCAUUUAAGGUUUUAUAUUUUCUCGAUUAUACACCUCAAAGAGAGGUACAAUCAGUUGUAUCUCUUGACGGUCUAAAGAAGACUAAAGAGGACCUUUUACGUGAGCAAAAUAUGGAACUUGCAACUUUUCGGAGAGAACGUGAUAAUUCGGAAGCUGAAAGAGCUCAACAUCUUAACAAAAUCCAUGAAUUACAAGAACAUGUUCAAGAAAAGGAAAGGCAGUUUUUAGAAUUGUAGGAACAGCAUAGAGUUGCUCAAGAAGCUAUCUUAUAUAAAGAUGAACAAAUAAGGGAGGCUCAAGCAUGGAUUGCAAGAGCUCAGGAGAUGGAUGCUUUGCAGUCAAGUACAAAUCACUCAUUGCUAGCUGAACUGCGAGAACGCACAGAACAAUACAAUCAGCUCUGGAUUGGUUGCCAGAGACAGGAUAAUGCUAUGCUCAGAUGUUCUCUAUCAGCUGAUUCUCAAGACAUUAGUUCAAGAGAAGAUUCAACUGAUGAUGAGAAUAUGAACAUAAAAAACAAUGUUUAACAUGAUGCAGAAUAUGAAGCUGAUAAAGAAUUUGAUGAUCGUCACGUAUAUUUAGUGGAAAGUUGAGUGAAAGCAGCGGUUAUGCUGGUAGUGAUCUGUAUGACUUUAAGUAAUUUCUUGAUGCUGGGCACUUAAUAUAGGCAUAUGGAGCUGAUGUGUUAUCUCCAAAAAAAAACAAUGUCAAUUCAGCACCAAAGUCAAAUUCAAUGGCAGAUUCUCAACCUCUUUGAGUCAAUGACUGUUUAUUGUGGGUAGGAAAUUUUACAUCUCCGAGUGGAUAGGUAACGUGUCGUUCGGAGGGGAUAGGUAAUGGGUCAAAAUGGAUAGAGUUUAAAGCAGAAAGUAUGGUGAUGAUUGGCUCCAAGAAACUUCAGAAACUGAUGGUGAUGAUGCACAUAUGCAAGGAAUAGAUGAGGUUUGGCAUGAAGAACGACCUAUGUAUUGGGGUCAUCAGAGAACUGAUGGUGAUGAUGCACAUAUGCAUGAACUGAUGGUGACAUAAAGAACGACCAAAUAUGAUUGACGUUGUCAGAGAACUCGAGGUUGCACUGCAUCAUCAACAAAACCCUAUGAAACACGAAGUCAGAGAGACCAAGAUGCCAACAUAGUACGGAUUUGUGGAAGAAUUUGAUCACCUCAAAGUUCGAUUGGAAGAUAUAAAACUGGCCACCAACAACUUCUCUGACGACAACCUAAUUGGACUCGGUGAGUUUGGCAUGUUGUACGAGGGAGAACUCUAUCUACCAGGAGGACAACGCGUGGUCUGUUUUAAGCGACUAGAUCGUAGACUCGGGCAAGGGAAUGUUGAGUUUUUUUAAUGAGAUCUCGGUGCUUUCUCUAUACAAACAUGAAAAUUUGGUCUCUCUGUUGAAAAAUUGUAAUGAAGGUGAUGAGUUGAUACUUGUAUAUGAGUAUGAAGCUUGUGGGAGCCUCGAUAGAAAUCUUAGUGAACCUGGUCUCACGUGGGCUCGACGCUUGAAGAUAUGUGUUGGGGUUGCUCAUGCAAUCAACUACCUUCAUGAUCCUGGGGACACACGUCAGAGAGUUUUACACGGAGACAUUAAAAGUUCGAACAUAAUUUUGAAUGCAGAUUGGACGGCUAAAGUCUGUGGUCUUAGUUUAUCAAAAAAUGUUCCAUCUUACCAACCGGAAACAUUUGUUAUUUCGAAUGCAGUUGGUACACUUGCAUAUUAUGAUCCACAAUAUAUUGAGAUGGGUAUCCUGUCAAAAGAGUCUGAUGUGUACUCUUUUGGAGUGGUGCUCUUUGAAUUAAUGUGUGGUAAAUUAUGCUUCGUAUAUAGUAAUGGUCAAAUUCUUUUGAAUAAAUGGACAAGAUGCUGUGAGGAGAAGAGAUUAGAUGAGAUUACCUUUUCUGUUCUAAAGGAACAAAUGGACUCGUGUUCCUUGAAUACGUUUUCAUCCCUUGCUUAUCGAUGUCUAAAAAAAGAUCGUGAAGAACGGCCAUCAAUGGCUGAGGUUAUGAAACAACUUGAGAUUGCAGUUGAACAACAAGAGGAAUUUGAAGAGACGAUGAGGAUUCAAAAGCUCCUGAAAUCUCCAAUAUUAAACACAACCCAGGAUCAAAAUUUCAUUCGGUUUCCAAAUGGAAUUCUUGUUGAUGAUGACAAUACGUGGCUUGCAAUACUUAAGGGAAAAGUGUGUGAAGUAAUAUCUGCAACAAAAUGCAUCUCUGCGGACUCCCUUGUACAUGACUACACACAAAAAUCAAGGUUAAUUAGUGACUUUCUCCACAUAUACUUUUAUAUAAGAGCAUCCUCGAAUAUAAGUUGUUUUACUUUAAUAAGUAUAAAUUGUGCAUCUUUUUUCUUGAUUGAGAAGGAAUCCUAAUGUUUUUGUUCAUUGAUUUGUUCAAAGUACACCCUCUGUCAUGUUUCUUGAAUUAGUUAGAAAGAUCUAUGGCGUUACGUUUA